AUGGAGCGUGCUGCGCGCUCGCUUCAGCCUCAUCUGGGAUAUCGAACGGAUCGCUGUGCGCCACACUACUCGUUGCGCCGCCUGAACAGAACGAGCGAAGCGAUGGUGGAGGUGACGGUGCUGGACUACGGUGCUGGUAACGUGCGCAGCCUGAAGAAUGCUAUCCGCGCAGCGGGCCAUUCGGUGAAGGACGUAACCUGCGCUGGAGAUAUCCGCAACGCCGAUGUCCUCAUCUUCCCGGGCGUGGGCAACUUCCGAGCGGCCAUGGAAUUCCUUAACGCCAGCGGCUACGUGGAAGAGCUCAAGAACUACGUUACUGCAGACCGUCGCUUCAUGGGUAUCUGCUUGGGUAUGCAGACGCUAUUUGAGGGAUCGGAGGAGUGCCCCGAGCUCAAGGGUCUGGGCGUCAUCAAGGGCAAAGUGGCUCGAUUUCCGUCUGAGCAGGUGACGGUGCCGCACAUUGGCUGGAACGGUAUCAACGCCUGGAAGAAGUCGGCACUGUUUUCUUCCCUGCCUGUUAGCACAGUGGAGGCCAAGGUGUACUUCGUGCACUCGUUCCGCGCCACCAAGACGGAAAAGAACGCCGAGUGGGUGCUUUCCACUACCAACUAUGGAGACUUAGAAUUCGUCAGUGCUGUGCAGAAGGGCAACGUCAUGGCCACGCAGUUUCACCCUGAAAAGAGUGGAGCGAUCGGUAUUGCUAUUCUGAAGGGAUUCUUGGAGAACAAGGACCUCGCAGACCACGAUGCUCCGAUCCCCACGGCACUGACGGCACCACGGACGACGCUCUCUAAGCGCAUCAUUGCGUGUCUGGAUGUGCGUGCCAACGACCAAGGAGACCUCGUGGUGACUAAAGGGGACCAGUACGACGUUCGCGAGACCUCCGAUAGUGCUAAAGGAGGAACCGUUCGCAACAUGGGCAAACCGGUGGAUCUGUGUAAGCGCUACUUCGAAGAGGGUGCGGAUGAGGUAGCGUUCCUCAACAUUACGAGCUUUCGCGAACAGCCGAUGGGCGACUUGCCGAUGGUGCAGGUGCUAGAGGCCAGCUCCGAGUGUGUGUUCGUGCCGCUCACGAUUGGUGGUGGUAUCCGCGACUACGUGGACGACCAACAGAAAACCCACUCUGCGUUGGAUGUGGCUGCACUGUACUUCCGCUCGGGUGCUGACAAAGUUUCCAUCGGUAGUGAUGCCGUGUACACGGCUGAGAAAUACUACGCGAAUGGGGGCAAGGGUGACGGUACCAGCUCGAUCGAGACCAUUUCUGCUGUGUACGGCAAUCAGGCCGUAGUGGUGUCUAUGGAUCCGAAGCGGGUGUAUGUGGCAUCGUUCUACGAUGAGAACGCCAAGGGCCACAACGUCGUCAAGCUGUCGCAACCAGGACCGAACGGUGAGGAGUACUGUUGGUAUCAGAUGACGGUUCGUGGUGGCCGUGAGACCCGCGACAUCGACGUGGUGCAACUGGCCCAAGCAGUUGAAGCCCUCGGCGCCGGUGAACUUUUGCUCAAUUGCGUGGACAUGGAUGGCCAGAAGAUCGGUUAUGAUCUGGAUUUGAUCUCAAUUGUGAAGAAAUCGGUGCGCAUUCCCGUCAUUGCGUCCAGUGGCGCCGGUAAACCGCAGCAUUUUACCGAAGUCUUUGAGAAGACAAACUGCGACGCUGCCCUCGCAGCUGGUAUCUUCCACCGUAAGGAGGUGGCCAUCCAAGACGUCAAGGCACAACUUCACACCGAUAGCAUUAGUGUGCGCCUCUAG